CGGGCGGAGCUUCUCGCUAUUUGGGUGAACAAAUGGGGAAGGAAGGAGAUCUCUGGGACGAUUCCGCUCUCAUCAACGCCUUCGACCACGCCUUCUCUAACUUCAAGAAGAUGCAUAGCCAAGGAGGGCAUGAUAGCUCAGUUGAGGGAGGAAAAGUCAUAAUUUGUACAGAAGAAAAUUUGUCAGCUGCUGUUGAUGAAAGCCAUGAAGCCAAAAGACAUAUGGAGGAAGGCGAUAACAGUAAUGUUGCUUCAAAUAUCACAACAGAAAUCGGAGAUAAUAAUAAUCUUUCACCAAUCAAAGAUGACCACUGUGUGGAAUCAUUUGCUCCUGAACCCCAUAUGGUGUCAUUAAAUGGUCAGCAUGUGCAAGAUGUGCUUAAAGGUUAUUCAGAUACACAAAGUGCAGACAAUUAUAACCAGUUAGUGUACAGAUAUUAUGAACUUGAGGAGCAGAGGCAAAAGGUUCUUCAGCAACUCAGCCAGUUUGGCAAUUGGGAUUACCAGGGCUCUGGCUCUGGAGUACAUUGGAGCAAUUCCUCCACUUUUCAAGAGCAUCAAGUCUCUGCAGCCCACGCAUCUUACCCACCUCUCGUCUGUUCUUGUUUCUCAUACGGGUGUCAGAGUUUGGUGGCUCCGUGCACUUCAUUACCUGCUUGCACUCUCUGCAGACCUUGUGUUGAUAAGACUUGUAUUGCUGCUUCAGCAGUAGAUUGCAAUGGAACGUCAUUUUCUCUUGAAGGUGGUGACUUUGUUACAACAGCUACCAGAACUGCCGAAAGAGCCCUUUCUUCCUUGAAGACAAAAGCUUCUGGCAGUUCUGAUGUAAAUAAAAAUGAAGAGAAAGAGGAAGAGGGGGAGGCAAAUGUAGGUCACUUGGCACAAAGUACUAGCACUGAAACAGAUCUUGCUACGGUUUUAAAUGCUUGGUAUUUGGCAGGAUUCCACACUGGCAAGUACCUUUCAGAGCAGCCGUUUGCAACGAAAAGACUUGGCUAGGUCUUCUCCAAAAUGUUAAGCAGAGGCAAAUGGUAGUUCAUUAUAUUUUACAAAAACCCAUGUUAGUUAUGUACAACAAAGAUCAUUUGUAUCUAUUGCAUGGAGUUCCCAUGUAUAGCAGGGUUUAAGAGUGGUUAGCAAUGGACAAUCUUAUCCCAUUAUGGCGAGGUUGAUUCUUAGACUUGAACUUCUUCUGAGUGGACAGGCAUUUGAUCAAUUUCAGAUGAGAGAUCUUGAACUUGUACGACGGAGUAUUAGAUGGUUAUUAGUUGUGCAACUAAUGCAAUGUAAAGCACUCCAUUGUAUGAUUGCAAUUACUCUCUAAAGCUACAAAGCCAUGUUUUGUAUUUGAAAUUGG